GCCGGGAGCCUGCAGUGCGCAGGCGGGGCCGCCCCUUCCUGCCGCCGGGCGAGCGCGGGCGGGCGGAGCGAUGGAGGUCAGCCACUCCGUCAAGGAGCGCACCAUCGCCGAGAACAGCCUGGUGAUCCUGCUGCAGGGCCUGCACGGCCUCGUCACCACCGUGGAGCUCCGCGACGAGAGCGCGGCCACGGGGCGCGUCACCAACGUGGACGCCUUCAUGAACGUGAGGUUGGCCGAGGUGACCUUCACGGACAGGCAGGGCUCAGUGGCCCAGCUGGACGAGCUCUUCGUGGCCGGCAGGAACGUCCGCUACGUGCACAUCCCUGACGAGGUGGACAUCAGGGCCACCAUCGAGCGGCAGCUGCAGGCCAUCCACAGGGUCCGCUUCUUCGGGGGCCGCGACAAGGGCAGGAAGGAGUUCCCUCGAGCCAAGCACAAGUGAGCUCUGGGCAUUGCCAGCAGCAGGGCCAGAAUGGACCAACCCCUUGGACUGGACUGACAGCCACCUCCACACCUCACCCCGGGACUCGGGGCUCUGCUGCUCCCCUUGCCGCUGCCUGUGAGGGGAGCAGAGUUAUUUUUCUAAUGAAUAACUACACUUAA